ACACUAAAAGAAUCUCAGCAGUGGGAGGAGAAGCAGCAGCAGAAGAAGAAGAAGAAACGGGCUCUCGGUCUGUGGGGGGUCACGGACGGGCUGAGCGUUUUUGUUCCGCUGGUGGAUCCUGCGUAAACGGUGAGCAGGAGGCACAACGACCCGAACCAGAGCAGCCCGACCCGGAAAGAGCCCGGAGGAGCGGGUCGUCACGGAUCGGAACUAAGGCGCUUUUGUUUCUCUCUCAACUCCUGCGGGUUUGUGGGCUCCAGUGGCGGCGCGGAGACGAUCCCGCUCGCCCAGGGAAGGACGCUGGAAGUCGGGGACGCUUCCAGACUGCAGGGCCGGUCGCCGUGGCGAUUGAGCAUCCGGAAUUCUGUGAACCCUUUGCGGCUCAGUGGAUGGGAUGGAGCCGGGACCCUCUGGCGCUGUGCCCAUCGGGCCGUACCCCCCACCCCUGCAGCAGGUGUUCCAGGCGCCCCGCAGGCCGGGCUUGGGCACCGUCGGCAAACCCAUCAAGCUGCUCGCCAACUACUUUGAGGUGGAAAUCCCAAAAAUGGAUGUGUACCACUAUGAAGUGGACAUCAAACCUGAUAAAUGUCCUCGACGGGUCAACAGGGAGGUUGUGGAGUACAUGGUCCAGCAUUUCAAACCGCAGCUCUUUGGUGACCGAAAGCCAGUGUAUGAUGGGAAGAAGAAUAUCUACACUGUUUUAGCGUUACCUAUAGGCAGCGAAAAGGUUGAUUUCGAGGUGACCAUCCCUGGCGAGGGGAAGGAUCGCAUCUUUAAAGUGUCCAUUCGCUGGCUGGCCAAAGUGUCGUGGCGGCUGCUGCAGGAGACGCUGGUCAGCGGACGUCUGCAGGUCCCGCUGGACUCUGUCCAAGCCCUUGAUGUGGCCAUGAGACACCUGGCCUCCAUGAGGUACACUCCCGUGGGACGCUCCUUCUUCUCCCCUCCUGAAGGCUACUAUCAUCCUCUGGGUGGAGGCAGAGAGGUGUGGUUUGGCUUCCAUCAGUCUGUCCGGCCGGCCAUGUGGAAGAUGAUGCUCAACAUCGAUGUAUCUGCAACGGCUUUUUAUAAAGCUCAGCCUGUCAUUGAGUUCAUGUGUGAAGUUCUGGACAUCCGUAACAUCGACGAGCAGCCGAAGACGCUCACCGACUCGCAGAGGGUUCGUUUCACCAAGGAGAUCAAAGGUCUGAAGGUGGAGGUUACACACUGUGGUCAAAUGAAAAGAAAGUACCGCGUCUGUAACGUCACACGACGUCCUGCUAGCCACCAAACGUUUCCGCUGCAGCUUGAGAGUGGACAGACGGUGGAAUGUACCGUGGCUCAAUACUUCAAGCAGAAGUACAGCCUGCAGCUCAAAUACCCCCACCUGCCCUGCCUACAGGUGGGCCAGGAGCAGAAACACACCUACCUGCCCCUGGAGGUGUGUAAUAUUGUAGCAGGGCAGCGGUGCAUCAAGAAACUGACAGAUAAUCAAACCUCCACCAUGAUCAAAGCCACAGCGCGAUCCGCACCAGACAGACAGGAGGAGAUCAGCAGACUGAUGAAGAAUGCUAACUUUAAUCUGGAUCCCUACAUUCAAGAGUUUGGAAUCAAGGUGAAGGACGACAUGGCGGAGGUGACGGGGAGAGUGCUUCCCGCUCCCAUCCUGCAGUACGGCGGUCGGAAUCGUGCCAUUGCGACUCCCAACCAGGGUGUGUGGGACAUGAGGGGAAAGCAGUUCUACAACGGCAUCGAGAUCAAAGUGUGGGCCAUCGCUUGCUUCGCUCCGCAGAAACAGUGUCGGGAAGAGGUGCUCAAGAACUUCACGGACCAGCUGCGUAAGAUCUCAAAGGACGCUGGGAUGCCGAUCCAGGGUCAGCCGUGUUUCUGUAAGUACGCACAGGGAGCCGACAGCGUGGAGCCCAUGUUCAGACACCUGAAGAACACCUACUCCGGACUGCAGCUCAUCAUCGUCAUCCUGCCCGGAAAAACCCCCGUCUACGCGGAGGUGAAGCGUGUGGGAGACACUCUUCUAGGAAUGGCCACUCAGUGUGUUCAGGUGAAGAACGUGGUGAAGACCUCACCUCAGACGCUCUCCAACCUCUGCCUCAAAAUCAACGUCAAGCUCGGCGGCAUCAACAACAUCCUGGUGCCUCAUCAACGAUCGGCAGUGUUCCAGCAGCCAGUGAUCUUCCUCGGAGCAGAUGUCACUCACCCGCCGGCUGGUGAUGGGAAGAAGCCGUCUAUUACUGCUGUGGUGGGCAGUAUGGACGCUCAUCCCAGCAGGUACUGCGCUACAGUACGAGUACAGCGGCCCAGACAGGAGAUCAUUGAAGACCUGUCGUACAUGGUGCGAGAGCUACUCAUCCAGUUCUACAAAUCCACCCGCUUCAAACCCACCAGAAUCAUCUUCUACAGGGACGGUGUACCAGAAGGACAGUUACCGCAAAUCCUGCACUAUGAGCUGCUGGCCAUCAGAGACGCCUGCAUCAAGCUGGAGAAGGACUACCAGCCGGGCAUCACAUACGUAGUAGUGCAGAAGCGUCACCACACCCGCCUCUUCUGCGCUGAUAAAUCUGAAAGAAUCGGGAAGAGUGGGAACAUUCCAGCAGGAACUACGGUCGACACCAGCAUCACGCAUCCGUUCGAGUUUGAUUUCUACCUGUGCAGUCAUGCAGGUAUUCAGGGCACCAGCCGACCCUCACACUACUACGUCCUGUGGGACGACAAUCGCUUCACGGCUGACGAGCUGCAGAUUCUCACCUACCAGCUGUGCCACACAUACGUGCGGUGCACCCGCUCCGUCUCCAUCCCAGCGCCUGCGUACUACGCCAGACUCGUGGCUUUCCGUGCCCGAUACCAUCUGGUGGAUAAGGAGCAUGACAGCGGAGAGGGCAGUCACGUCUCUGGACAGAGCAACGGUCGGGAUCCUCAGGCCCUGGCCAAAGCCGUGCAGAUCCACCACGACACCCUGAGGACCAUGUACUUUGCCUAAGCAGAUCUUUGCCACACGUCACCGGACCAUCACACACCCCUCGAGCCACUUCACAGGGUCCUACCAGCCCCACAAAGCCCACAGAACCCAACAUGGAGGCUCACACUUUGAGUUCUGUUGAAUCUGAUUGAACUAUGUUCUUUUUUUUUAUUUAAUUGUGUAUUAUCGUAUACUACCUUCGCACUCCCACAUGUACGUAUGUAUGCAAUAUGGAGGGAAGGAACGCAGACGAAGCUGACGUUUUGUAUGCCACCACAAAGCUGCCUCUGAACCUGACGCCACAUUUCAAACUCCCCAAGUGGAGGAAUUGUUGUUACUUACUCGUUAUUUUUAUCGUUGUGGAAUUUUCUUUUUAAAUGUUUAUUUUUGUGAAUGACAUGGUACAUUAGCACUUAGUUUUAGCUGAAAGACACCACAGGCCCAGCGUUUACAUGUCGCAGGUAGAGAUCGACUGUAGCGUAAGACGCAGAUGCAGGUGUCUCGGAUCGAUUUUAGAAUCGCCGUUAGUUAAAGAGUGGCCAUAUUAGCAUAACGAUAGAUGGACCACUGAGUGCUCACUGCAUUUGCACUCUCGCAUCAGCAUAACUCCGAAACCAGCAUUAUGCACCAGCCAAACACCAUGCCACCUGGUGAAAAGGGCCCUCGUCUGUAAAACAUGCGUUUUACUGCACUUGAAAAAGAUGAUUUUGCUCAGUUUUUUUUUUUUUUUUUUUUUUACUUCCAGUGCACAUAAAUCUUCCUGAACUUACAGGAAUAGUUCACCCAACAAUGACGAUUUUUAAAAAAAUCAUUUAUUCACCCUUGUGUCAUUGCAAACCCUGAAUUUUUUUCUUCCAUGAAACAGAGCGAGCUGUUUUCAGUGCAGCACUAGAGGGUGAUUUAUACUGUAAAGUGCCAUGUAAAUGUAUAAAAAUAGCCUGCAUGACUUACAUAUUAUAAUCCAAUCUUUCUGAAGUCAUAUUUUAGAUUUGUGUAAGAAAAAGACACAAAUUUACGUUAUCGUUCACUAUUUUUAAACUUUGCUUAUUGUGUUUUAAAUGUGUCUGUAAAAGAGAUUUGUAUGGGUCAAAAUUAUUGAUUUUUCUUUUAUGACAAAAAUCAUUAUGGCAUUUAGUAAAAAUCAUGUUCCAUGAAUAUAUUUUGUAAAUUU